AUGACGGCUCGUAGAAAUAUAACUUCAAUCGACGACUUGGACGAAUCAGAACGCGAAUUUUUCUACAAAAUGCAGCUUUUCUACAUUAUUUUCUCUAUCGUUUGCUCUUGGGUCGCCUGGGUCUCAGUCUUUAUCCACUAUCACCUUAUCAGGGUUUUCAUGGCGACCUAUGCCGAGGAUAAAAAAGUAAGCCUUUUUUAUUCAUUCCAGAUUGACACUUAUUCAGAACUCCUACUUCAUCGGCUUCCUCAUCCUGGAAAUGUUCUCGUUGAUGAGUUUAUUCUUUUACUUCCUACUCAUCCCGGCCCAAUCAAUAAAGUUCUUGGAACAGUACCCUGCCCUGGCUUCUGUCUAUCGAGUUGUACCCACGAUGAUUACGGUAGUCGAAGGUUUCCUGUGCGUUCAACGCGUUGCGGUCUUCUACGAUAUUUUUCACACCUACGUGGGAAAAUUUAGAACGUUUGGAAGUCCUGCAAAUAGUGAAAUGGAAGUUGGUUCAGGAUUUGCCCGAUUAUAACUCUGAUAUCAAUGAUUUUCUUCGCAGUCUUGACAACUUUUGUAACUUCUAGCAGGUCAAAAGCAGAAAAACCGGAUAUCGAGUCAGACGUUGCGGCGAUGGUUGAAUUGGAAUGUUUGAGUUAGCGAAAAUAAUAUCUAUACAGAUAAAUUCUGCGGCUCGUAUCAUCAUAAGCUUGUUGACUAUCGUUGGAUAUCUGAUGAUUGUUAUCGUUAAAAAGAUAAGAAAACAGUUUGAAAGUGUUCAGACGAAUCAUCUGCACGUGAUCUAUCAAGCCCUUCCUCUAGCUAUUUAUUCAAUGGUGAGGAUACUUGUACAUUCCAGUUUUAUUGAUUUGAAACACGGGUUGACAAGGAAUACGCGUUGCGUGUGCGACGCGGCUUUUUGGCGGGAGGCACAAGGGUAAACAAUGGUGGUGGAAAUCAGGCUUGUGCAUCAGGCUGGGCCGAGCUUCGUUUCUUUGAAAAAAGCGUGCACGAGCUCAGGCCGGUCCAGGCUUCAAACAGUGUUUUCAAAUUUUUCAUCUUACCUCAGAAUUUGCAUCGAAAAAAUCUUUUAGGAUGUUAAAAAAAGUUCCAGUUGAUAUCUUCUAUUUAGGGCAGCCAAUAUUUGAUUUUUGAAACUAACAAAAACUAACCGAAAUAUAGAAAGCAUCACAUUUUGAGGUGUUCAACAAUUUUGAACUAAAAUAAACGUCAAAACUUUCCAAAAAUGGCCACUGAAAAAAAAAAAGCGACCGACUUUUCCAGGCCGUCUUACCGUAAGACUCUUACGUACAUAUGUUUCAGAGCAACGAGUGGAAAUUUUUCCUCCUUUUGGUCGAUAAUUCACUCGAUUCUUUGAUACUGGUCACGAACAGCAAACUCGAUUAUAUUUGUGAGUUUUUUUUUAUGUUAGUGGUUUUCAGAGCUUCAAACUGCAUUUGACCUACAACAAUAAUUAUACAUAUUACAGCGCUAGGCCUGCCAAUAUCCAUCAUGCUCGGCAACAAGCAGAAACGGAAAAUGCUUCUGAAUCGGAUUUUCCGUCGAUUUCACUGUUUCAAAGGGAUGACCGGCGUCGCCCCCACCAACAUGGUGCCCAUCAUCAACGGCAACGCGUACAUCUCCAGCCGCCCAGAGCCCUCCAAUGGUAUUUCUAUUCGAACAACCGCCGAUUCCGAUUUUUAA